AUGGGUGGUGGUAGUAUUAGAGAAUCAUGGUGUUUUUGCAAAGGGGUGAGUAAGUCAGAGAGAAUGAAAGGUGCUAUUUUUUCAGGAAAAAACCAAGCUUUAGCUACAAUUAGUAACACCAAUGUUGUUAAUGUUGUUUCUGGAACUGGGUUUCUUAUUCAUAGGAACCUUCUUUUGACAACUCAUGCUAAUCUUCCUUCUGCUGUUGCCGCUGCUAGCUCUGAGAUCCGCUUGCAUAAUGGUGUUGCGGCUACUCUUGUUCCUCAGAGGUUUUUCAUUACAAGUUCUGUGUUAGAUCUUACAAUAGUGGGUUUAGAUGAUGCGGACGGAGAAUCAAACGCGCCGGGUCAAAACUCUCACUACUUGAAGACCUGUUGUAAAACAAAUCUUGAUCUAGGAAGUGUAGUGUACCUUUUAGGUUAUACUAAGAAACAAGAGCUCACUGUUGGUGAAGGAAAGGUCGUCAUAGCGACUGACAAUCUCAUAAAACUCUGUACCGAUGGAAUUAUAUGGAGUCCGGGUUCUGCAGGAUUUGAUGUCAAUGGCAAUCUAGCUUUUAUGAUAUGUGAUCCUAUGAAAUUAUCCACGUCGCCGAAUACAAAAUCGCCUUCAACUUCUACAUCGUCUUCCUCGUUGUGGAAGAAGGAUCUCCCAAUGCAAUUUGGUAUACCGAUUCCUGUCAUAUGUGAUUGGUUAAAUCAGCAUUGGGAAGGUAACCUUGAUGAGCUUAACAAGCCUAAAUUACCGCUCAUGCGGUUGAUGUCUAAUGGUCCUAGGAGUGAACACUCAUGCGCUUCCUUCACUUUGCGACAAGUUUUCAAAUCGACAGAUGGUGAUAAUGAGGGCACCUCAUCUUCAUCAAACAACAAUGUCGUAAAAACAAGAGAUCAAGGACAAAGUUCGGCUGCUGUCGGGAGCACUGCCGAAGAAGAAAACUUGAUUACGAACCCUAAUGCUGCACAUAUACAGGGGAUUCCAACUCCAGAAAUAUACGAAUCACCUAGAGUAACUUCCGUGCCACUCAGAAAGAAAGAAAAUGCACAAAUACAACUUUUAGACAUCAAUUUUCCCCCAAGGAUUGCCAAGCCUGCAGUUUUCUCGCAACCGCCGAAGGAAUUGCAUCCGAAACCUGCUGAACCUCUGCAUGAAAACCAGUCAAAAGGAGAACAAAACCAAGACAGAAUGCGAAUGCCAGCAACAACUCCCAUUGCAGAAGUUUCCUCAACAGGUUCUGUUAACGGAGCUCUAAGUGAGGUUCAAUCUAGUUCAUCUCCCGUUGAUGCUUCCCAAAUGCACGACGGAUACACUAGCGACGGAGAGACUAUGUACUCCGCAGAAACCGCAGAGAGCCGUAACUAUACGAGUCCGAGAGAGCUAAACUUUCAACAAGUGGGAAGAAGUCAGAGUUGUGUCAGUCACAAUCGAUGGGGUGCUGCAAAAAGGAGUCAAGUUGCUCGCGGGAUGCUGGUUGAAAAUCCAAGAAGCUUCAUGAAUGUAAAGAAGAUGCAUUCACAAGGAGCAACUUCUCAGAGAAGCAACGAGUAUUUCAGCCCAACCGUGUCGUCGAUCAUGAAACGUAACGGCUCAGAGCAACCAACAAGAUCCAGGCAAACUGCUUUUCAUUCUCCUUCACCAAGAUGGAUGUUUUGA